AAGACGCUGACGCAACAAACUCCCUCCAGGUCUCUCCUGUAGGUCAUGGACACGUUAAUCUCACUUGGCCAUUUCUGCGAGAUCCAUGGCCCGCAAGCGCUCUUGACCACGUCAGUGCAAUCGCCGACCGCCACUUCAGCACCGCCCAACGAGACCGGCACGAGUUGCGCCAACUGCUCAUACAAUGUACCCGCCGCGACAACAGCCCCUCCAGUCCUGCGCAGCCGAUGGCGCGAUUCGACCUUCGCCACAACACGAGCGCCCUCGAAUCCUCUCCUCCGCGAUGCCUGUACCAGAGCGCUAGCCGUCGAGUCCCUCCCUCGAGGCCAGAGCAGCGGCUCCAUGACCUUAACCACCGACUUGGCGACGCAAGGGCCGAAAGAUGCUAGGACGGUGAACGUGGCACAUGUCUUCCGUCUACCAGACCCGAGAGCUAGAGGGCAAAGAAGAGCAUACGCUUUUGUAGCUGUAGGCUCGCGCUCGCUGUUCAGACACCAGAUGGCCGUCCGGACCGCUUUUGAAGCAUGGGCCAAAUCCAUCACUACACUUGCCGAAACACACUUGACGGCAUUACAACAGGGAGACAGCUCCGACGCUUCUCCAGUCGAGCUGUCGGCUGCGAACGUCGGCUCGCUGAGAAGUUAUAGCUCCAGCGCUACUCCCUCACCGCCCAUGUCUAUGGGCUCUGCUGAGCGGACCCCUCCGCCGUUGUCACCACCACACCCCCAGCGCACGCCUUCGCAGCCUUCCUCGAUCACUUCAACGACGAGUCACCCUCCUAAACACGCUCCUACAUCUGCCGCAGUCACACCGGUAUCCAGUUUCUUAUCGGCCAAGUCAGUAGAUCCGGAUGGUUAUCCUCGCUCCUCAUUAUCAGCCGCCUCUCCACUGGCGAAUGUGCCCAAGACGCGCAGUCUGGCUGAGAUUGUUGGCGACGAGUACUUCUUCGUUCGCUUGCAUGCAGAAUUCUGUGGCUUGUUGAAAGCGUUGAUCGAGAAAGAGAUUGCCGAGAAAGGGAGGGAAUAUGAAGAUGAUGGGAAUGGUACAAUCGACGAGGAGGACCAGAGAUACGGAAGUGGCAGUGAUGAAGAUGCCCUGCAUAGUGGUGAUGAUGACGAUGAAGGCUGCGUUGUCGGCUGGGACAGAUAUUGAAACGAUGAGUAACGAGAAACACGAUCGUCAUGACAGUUGGAAGAGUAAGGUAUGGUCAGUAAUCCUGAAUCUCAAUUUUUGAUACACCAAAAGAACACUGAAAGGAAAAACAGAUAUGUAUAUUCGUAUCUCAUGAAUUAAUUCUAUAUACAGUCUCACACCAACGACAACCAUUACAAAAGCCAAGUUUGAUCUAUGCCGCACACCUGGCUCACUCAAUCUGCACUCCUCUCCGAUCAAAUCAAACACAUAACAGCCUGUUCAGAUCUAAUAUCCAUCAAACUAGGAAUCUCAG